GGUGCUACCAGGGCUCUUGGCAGAUCUGGAAGGCCUUCUCACGCUUUGCCGUCUCCUUCAAAAGCACAAAUUGUUGAAUGAUAAGAUGAAGCUGGAGAUUACGGAGAGUUUCUUUGGAAAAUUGUCGCGAGCGGAGAAUAAUGAUGAGAAGUUGUUGUCUUCACCGGUAUCAUAUCCGCUGGGAAACGUGUUGGCCUUGGCCUUAUUGUUGAGUGAGGGCGCAUCUCAAAAAGCCUCACUAUGCAGUAAGGAAAGACUAGGAACAGAUGGAGCGAUCCAUCAUCAGAUUGCACCUCGUGUUUUGCAGGUUGUGAGAGAGCGGUACUCAUCGUUGCCAGAACGGUUGGUGAUUUUAAGCACAUUGGUGGAACAGAAAGACAUGGCUGGAUUUGCACAUACGCAUGCGGUGGUUGCGGAAGAAGUGUGCACUGAAUUAAUUAAGGAAUGUGACAAGAUGACAUCCAGUGAGUUUUCGAAACUUCUACAAUGCAUUAGCCGACUGAAAUUUUGGCAUCUUGUAAAACUGGAUAGCUCACAAUUUGGUAACGUUUUUCAGCGGACUUGUCGAGAAGCAGACGCUCACAGUCGUUGCGUUGCUUUUAGGGCUCUUUCAUCGGAUUUAGAACUUUUUUGUCAUUACGAGUCUUUUAUGAUGUCUUUGUUGGGUGAAGUUGUCAACGUCAUGUCUCAUGAAGAUAUGGAGAUGGUCCUCUCUGCGGUGCUUGCUCUGCAACUGACAGAAGCCUUGGAGUCACUCCUCGAUGCCAUUGGCACUCGGGUACUUUCUAUGGUGGAUCAGUGCAGGCGUAGUACAUUGAUACGUGUGCUGCAGUGUCACGCCGCCUUUGGCCUUCGGGACGAUGUUCUCGUAUUGCGUCUCCUUACGACAUUGGAGGAACAGUGCAGUCGUGAGAUACGACUAGACAUAUCACAAGUCCUUACUCUACUUCAGGCAACAGUUGACUUGGAUGUUCCUAUUCCUUCAAAGCUGGCUGUCAACUGCUUUGUUUGUUUGGAGCAUCACGUUGACCGCAUGACGAUGGCCCAACUGGGUCAUGCCGCACGUCUGGCGGUGGAGGUGGAAAUGGGGUAUACUGCAUCUGUGCAUGCUGUGGCAAUGCGAGCGUUGGAGCAUCGGGAAGCACUACGGACCAAUGCAACGUUUCGUGAAUCAGUGGAGCUACUUUGUGAUGAGUUCAGUGUGGAAAUACCGUGGCAUAUGAGGCCCACUGUGCUGCGCAGGCGUUACCAGGAAGAGAGACUGAACGAUUACAUUAACAAGCGGCGAUUAGCCUCAUUAAAUGGAUUGAACUAA